AGGAGAGUGAGAGAGGAGAUUGGGGGGGACAGAGAUAGGGUAGUGAAAAUGAUGGCGACCGAUUCAGUGGAGAUAAGAAACCAAACGAGCCCCUGUCCCAUCCCUGACAACAGUCUCAGCACUCUGUCCAUCAAAAUAACGCGGAAAAACCAGGACAGACACUGGAAGUUGCGGUUUAUUUAUCUGCAGUGCUACUUUUUGACCAUUGCAACAAUACUCGGAACUGGAAUCUUAGGUCUUCCAGUAACGAUAGCCCAUGCUGGACUGGUGCCUUUCCUGUUCUCCUUUAUUGUUGGAUUCUUUGUCCAGGCCUUGCUAAUCUACCUGUUUGUGGAGCUUCUUCAGAAAUGUCAGGUGAUGCAGCUGGAAUCCUUAAAGACAGGUGUUGCAGAGUGUAUAGUCAUGGAUCAGGUGGGUGUGGAGGAUCCAGUUCAUACUGAGGAAGAAGAUGAUGACAGUGAAAAUGCAGAAGCAGAUACAGGUUUACUACAGCCGGAUGCAGCAGCUCUGCAUGACCAAGCCGGCAGUCUGCAGCCGAACCUUCAUCUGCUUGGGCGAAUCUUCCUCUCCCGCCCCAUGAGCCAUGCUUUUAACUGCAUUCUCCUCUUCCAAUUCAUUUCAAUUGGAAUUAGUUAUGUCUUAGCUGGCAGUGAGGCCUACGCUGCACUUCUUAAUAUCAGCCACAUCUAUGUGAUCCCAGUCUUCACCUGGAGCCUGACUCUUGCUAUUUUACUGGCCCACACAGUUAUUCAGCCAAUCACUUCAGUGCUCACCCUCCUGAAAGGAAUCCUCCUCAUUGUCACGGUGGCUGUGACAUUUGCAGUAGGGUCAGAGGUCGGCCUUCAGAGCAGCAGUGACUUCAGUCAGAUGGGAAAACCUUUCCUAAUGGGCACAGUGGCUCUGGGUGGGAUUGUAAACGUGAUGCCUCUGCUUUUCUCACAGAUCUCACACAACAGAACACAGAUCCUGUGGUUUCGGAGAGCAGUGAUUGGAGGUCUGACAACCUGCACUGUGCUCAACAUCCUCUGGUGCUGGGCAGUGCUGGAAAUUGUCCCGCAGACAUCAUUCCCAGAGAGGAGGAUGACACCUGAAACAGCAACCAGGCCUGACUACAGCAGCCCCUCUGGUCCUCCAUCCUCAGUCUCCUCACAGAAAUACUCGAACAUCUCACUAGAAGAGUCAGAAAAAGCAGGAGAGAUUGCCACUAUUCCCCUGACUAAGAUUCCAGGUAGUUGCAACAACCAACUGAUUCACCAGAGGUGGAGCGUGCAGCACCCUCAACCUCAGGUCAACCGCUUUUAAUACCAAGGCAACUGCACAAAUUCCCUGGGGAGCGUCAACCUGUCUCUAAACAAACUCAGUUUGACUUGAAGUGACUGCAGUUACUCUCAGAACACAGAUUGCUAACAUGUUGCAGUCACUCAGUCUGCACUGAUCACCACAACUUGUCUGCAAUCUGUCUUUUGCAAUAGGGGAUUUGACUCAGCUGAUUGCCAAGUAACUUUU